GGGAGGCGUCUCGCUGACCUCUCUCGGCGCCUGGGGCUGCGCCACGUGGUGUACAGCGGGCUGGAGAACGUGCAGCAGCUGACAGGGGGGCAGCUGGAGGUGCCCCACUUCGAUGGCAAGGGUGUGGUGGAGGAAUAUUUCCAGAAGGUUGGUGUUCCCACCACGGUCAUCCGCCUGCCCUUCUACUUUGAGAACUUCCUCUCCAUCUUCAAGCCGGAGAAGGCCCCGCAGGGAGACACCUUUGUCCUGGGUAAGAUGGGACUUGUUGCUCUCCAGGACGUGGGGCCUGUGGUGGUUUCCCUCCUGAAGGCCCCAGAGGAGCACGUGGGCCGAGUGGUGGGGCUGAGCACCGGCAGGCUCACCGAGGAGGAGUACGCCACCCUCCUC